GCUGAUAGUGCUCUCUCUAGACAACAGCAUUUAGAAGUCGUAGAAAGUUAUAAAUCUCGCAGCAUCCUUCCGAAUAAUUAACAGUAAGGAUUUUUUUUUAUCUUUAGGAAUUUGGCCGUGGGGGUCAAAUCUAGGUUUUUAUCAAUGUAUAUAGACGCGUUUAAACGGAUGCUUUUUGAACGGCUGAGUUGUUUGAAAAGAAUAUGUGUGUGUCCGCGGCAGUGCAGUUCGUUGGCCAUGUCUAAGGUUGCAGUAAAGAAGCUGCACUGGCGCUCUAAAGUGCAGGAGACCUUCGUACCGCUGGUGGGCAGCUCUGGAGAUGUGGGAAUUGCAAUCGGAGGCGGGGCUGAUUAUGGAGAGUUCCCAUUCAUCACCGCAGCACCAGGGGGAGGGAUCACAGUUGGCGAUAUCAUCUUAGAAAUCGGCGGAACUCCUGUUUUGGGCCUGACUUUAGGAGAUGUGCGUGGGCUCCUAAACUCCUGCCCCCAUCCAAUCCGCAUCAAGACAGUGUCUCCAGGCUCAACUCUAUGCAAGGAUCUAAGGUUAUAUCUGAGCAAAUGUUUCACACCAGGUUCAGUGGACAGUCAACUCCAGCAGGUGAUCCGAGAAAACCUCUACUUGAGAGCUGUGCCCUGUACGACUAGACAGCCACGAGACGGCGAGAUCACGGGAGUCGACUAUAACUUUGUCACCGUUGAGGAGUUCUUCUCGCUGGAGGAGUCGGGGGCGCUGUUGGAGAGCGGGAAGUUCAAAGGGAACUACUACGGAACCCCUCGUCCGGUUCACAUCAAUCCUGAUAGUCCUCCCAUCACCUACCAGGAGCACCGCAACCUGCUGAGAAACUUCCGCACACGUAGCAAGUCCCUCAGCAAUCUGGAGAAAGCAGGCGAGGAGGGAGACAACAGUGAGGAGGACUCAGGUCUAUCAGCUGAUCGUCCAGAGUCUCGUCAUGACACAGCCACCAUUCCAGAGCCUCGUCCCAUCAUGGCCGCCAUUUCAGAGUCUGCUCACGUCGAGCCUGCUACCCCGGCCAAGUAG